AUGGCAAAGGUAGUUGUUGGAAGACUGACCAAGAUCUGGAAAGACCGCCAGAUUUCAAGAGCCAUCAAAAACCGGCUAGUCAACUGUUUCGUACUCCCAAUAUUGACGUAUGGCUGCGAUUCAUGGACUCUCAGGCAAGCGGAACGAAGUACUGAAGUGUUGGAAGAUGAAAUGCCGUGGAAUGGGCUCCCAGUAGGAAAAGACACUUUAUAUACCUUACUCUUUGCCGACGACCAGGUCUUGAUAGCGGUAGACAGAGACGACUCCAGUUAUAUGUUUAGAAAACUGCAUGAGGAAUAUUCGAAAUGGGGCCUAACAAUAAACUCAAAGAAGACGGAGUACAUGGUAGUGGGUGAUGACGAACGUGAGGAUUUGGAUGUAGGAAUCGAGAGCAUUACCACUUAUGGCGCUGACACGUGGGAGCUAAACAAAGUAGAGAAAAAUAAGUGGCUUUCUCUUGAAAUGGAUUUUUGGCAAAGAAGUUGUCGCAUUUCAAGACUGGAACACAUCUCAAAUCAAAGAAUACGAGAAAUUAUAGGAGAAAAAGAAACUAUUCUCGACGCCAUUGACGGCAAAAUACUAAGUUGGUACGGACACCUCCAACGAAUGGAUGAUAACCGAUGGCCGAAAAGAAUUCAUUCAUGGACACCAAGCGAAAGGCGGAAACGUGGAAGACCACCUCGAAGAUGGAAGCAGGGCGUAGUUGACGCUAUGAAUUCUAGGGGCCUCCAGGAAAAAGACUGGACGGACAGAAAUCUGUGGAAGUUGAGAGCGACCGUUUAUAUUAUCAAUGUCGCUAAUAAAAAGAAGGAACAAAAUGGGGCCUUGUACUGA